UAAACGCCGGAGGGAAAGCGGAAAAGACUGAUCGACAAUGAAUACUCGAGGAUUUCGCUCCCAGCUGAAAGACAGCGUACCGGUGGCGGGCUUGUGCCCACAGGGGGCUUACGGUGUCCAGGACACUCUCCGUAGCGGCUUUACCAGUGUUAAGAAUGAGCUCCUUCCAAGUCAUCCACUGGAGCUGUCGGAAAAAAAUUUCCAGCUAAACCGGGAUAAGAUGGACUUCUCCUCACUUAGAAACAUCCAGGGGCUCCACGCUCCACUCAAACUCCAGAUGGAGUAUAAGGCAGCAAGACAGAUCCAGCGUCUGCCGUUCUUGCAGAGCUCCCACCUGGCCUUGGACACGCUCCGAGGGAACGAUGAGUGCAUUGGCUUUGAGGACAUCCUUAAUGAUCCCGCACAGACCGAGGUGAUGGGCGAACCGCACAUGAUGGUGGAGCACAAACUGGGACUACUGUAAAAGAGGAACGAUACAUGUAUUCAGUCACAUUUUUAUUUAAGUGGUGAUUUGUCUGCUCCCUUUUGUUCAUUUGGUAAAUACACUAACUCAGGUCAUGGAAAAGCAAUGAAACUAACUUUUAUUUGGACAGAUAAGAAAAGCAAGAGCUAAAUGUUAAAUUUUGUUUCAAAAUCCAAUGACUCGACAUCGUGGUAAGUGACAAGUGACAUGGAUCUCCAAGACUGAGUCUGGUGACUUUCAUUUGAACUAAUGAUCCUCAUUGGGGACAGACGGCAUAUAGAGUGCUUCUUUUGUAUGAUGGAUUCCCCCGUUUCUAAUAAACUUCAUUAAAGUAAUAA